AUGGUUUACACCGUACAUUUCAUCAAAAAAGACAAAGGCCAGGAAGAAGUCGAAAGAAGAAUCUCUGAGUUGAUUGAGGCAGAUCCUUCCGACUACGUCUCCCACAAUGUAAGUUCUUUUAAGGUCGGAUCCACAACAUGGUAUAUCACGGCACUACAAGUCGAAAAUUUGACCAAAAGUGAGGCCCUGGGAUCCGAAUCGAACAAUCUCUCAUCUUUCAGAAAAAAAGAAGGUCUUCUGGUUCUAGGUUCAGAGCCCAAUUUCAACGAUGGUUGCGCAAGAAUCAUGUACUCGGCUGUGACAAAAGAUCAGCUUCAAUACAGCCAUCUUGAGGCGGAACAGUACAACACGUAUUGCUCUACAAGGGAACACUUAAAGCAGUUCUAUUAUGAACGUUGUCUCAGAGUUGGAAGCAAUCGGAUUCACCAUCAUGCUGCUAUUGAAACAAUACCAACUGCCAACCACUAUGAAUUGUACACUUCAGAAACCACAACUACCUUAUCUGAUCGAACCUCCUCAGGAAGCAUCCGAGGAAAACUCGAUAUUUCCUACCUAAGUCCAGAAGGUGAAAAUCUGGUGUACAACUUUGUCCUACCAAACGACAGCGUGAAUGAGAAGUUCUCGCUCAAAAUGACUCAAUUGAAGCCCUCGUGGUGUCAGUGCUUUCUGGAUAUUGUGGUUAAUAACGUUAAAGUCACACUCCUUGAAAACACCGUUUUUUGUGGGCCGCUGGGGCACAAGUACGCAUACGAGUCCCAAACAGAUGAACAAGUGUUGCUCGAUGAGUCGUACAACGUUGUUUUUGGAAGUUGCAGCUUAAGUGAGUACAAUGGAGAGAAAUUUUUCUUUGUCAGUCCCAGCCGCUACAAGUGUAACCUUCCCGAUUUGGGUGCCACCUUUUUCUCCGAUCAAUUAACCAGGACUUAUGCCCUCAAGUUCCUGGUUCGCCUUCAGUGUGUGGGACCAGGCUGUUGUUCCUCUACAAUUAGUGGUAGUAUCAAGAUAACAGUCCCCACAGCGGCGAACCCGGAUUUUCAGAUGGACGUGGAGAAAUUAAACAAGAUUAAGGACUUCGUUUUUCUCAAAAGGUUUCCGAAAGCAGGCUCAGCCAUACAAGACAUCAACCAGUAUAUUCUCAAGAAAACGGCUUUCCUCAACAACCACAUAAUAUUGACUCAUCACUCUUCGGUCAUUGCUUGUCCCGUUCAUAUCAUUGCGAUUAUCACCAUGUCCAGUUACGGGCUAAUUCAAAGGGGGGAGAUUGCCGGGGAAAAGCACCGCAAAGAUGCUUUCAACCUAGAGAACGUCGACUGCACCAUUAUCCUUAUGUUGGAAUCGAAUGUAGAUGUGCAUGGUGAUUACGAGUCUUUGAAUGCUAAACCCGCAAAGCCGCCGUCUUACGAGUCGCGGAUGAAGGAGGAAGUUAUAGAUGUCAAAGUUCAAUAA